GAGUCCAAAGUUCGAAACCCGACCCAAUCUACUGCGUUGAAUCCAUGGCCUCCAAGGCAAGGCUAUUACAGCAUUUCAGCUCCAGGAAAAGAAACCCACAACAUUUUUCGCGCCAUUUCUGUUUCCUCCGUGCGGUUGAUGUUUUCACUCCGGUCAUGCAGCCACCGCUCGGUCCUCGUCUCGCUCUCUCUUAAUCUCGCCGGAAAACUCCCCUUUUCUCCCUCUGUUUCAUUCUCUUUAAAACCCUCGUUUCUUUUCGUAAGCUCAAUCCCUAGCCUGAGAACAAUGUCCACCUCUCGGCCCUCGGCCUUUGAUAUUCUCAUGUCCAAUGCGUCCAAGAAAAAGAAAAACGCGUCUCAGUCCCAACCGCCAAAGUCACAGGACUCCUCACCCAGGAAACGCAAAUCCCCUGUUGAAAUUUCCCAAACCCCUAAUUUAAACCCUACAGAUAAUUCCCAAAAUAAAGUUUCCAACCCAAUUGAGAAUGCCGCAGGAGAAGAUCAAGAAAGCGCCAAAAACUCGACUUUAGACCAAAUUGGUGAUGCCCAUGUGGAUAGUUCAUUGAAAAAUAGUAGUGAUGGCACCCGUAGUACCAUCCCUGCUGAAGAAGCCCGUCUGCCAGGAGGCACAAAAAAACUGAAAGAUUCGAUUUCAAAACAAACUGGGUCUAAACGUGCUGAUCCGAAUAAUGGCCCGGUGGUGGCUAAGAAGCCCAGGCUGUCAAUCACUCCGGAGGAGAGUCUAGCGGAGUUGAAGAAAAAGGCUGCAAAUUUCAAUGUGAAGAAGGCAGCUUAUUGGGGAGAGGGAGAGAGGGUGCCUUUCAUAUUUGUGGUGAAGGCACUUGAUGCUAUAUCAAAGGAGUCAGGUAGGAUUGCCAUCACGGAGAUUGUGUGUAAUAUGCUGAGGACAGUGAUCGAGACGACACCAGAUGAUUUAUUGGCUGUUGUGUACCUUUUGGCAAAUAGGAUUGCAUCAGCUCAUGAUGGUUUGGAGCUUGGUAUCGGGGAUGCUUCGAUCAUCAAAGCUCUUGCAGAGGCUUGUGGUACUAAAGAAGCACAUGUUAAGAAGCAAUACAAGGAGCUUGGAGAUUUAGGCCUUGUAGCAAAAGCCAGUCGUUCAUCACAGCCUUUGAUGCGUAAACCGGAAGCAUUAACUGUUGCCAAAGUUUUUGAUACAUUUCGUCUUAUUGCUAAGGAAUCUGGCAAAGAUAGUCAAGAGAAAAAGAAGAAUCACAUAAAGGCACUAUUAGUUGCAGCUAGUGAUUGUGAACCUCAAUAUUUGAUUCGUUUGCUCCAGACAAAGCUGCGUAUUGGUUUGGCAGAACAAACCCUCUUGGCAGCACUGGGGCAUGCUGCUGUAUACUCGGAGAAGCAUUCAUCCCCUCCUGCAAAGGUUGAUAAUCCUCUAGAAGAAGCUGCAAAAAUUGUCAAACAAGUCUAUUCUGUAAUUCCAGUCUAUGAUAAAAUAGUUCCUGCUCUUCUUUCUGGCGGUGUGUGGAAUCUCCCAAAGACAUGUAGCUUUUCACCUGGGAUUCCUGUUGGUCCCAUGUUAGCUAAACCAACCAAAGGGGUGUCUGAAAUUGUGGAGAAGUUUCAAGAUAUGGAGUUCACCUGUGAAUACAAGUAUGAUGGAGAACGUGCUCAGAUACAUUUUAUGGAGAAUGGCUCAGUGGAGAUAUACAGUAGAAAUGCAGAGAGGAAUACUGGAAAGUUUCCAGAUGUUGUUGUUGCUGUCACAAGAUUAAAAAAGCCUUCUGUCACAUCAUUUGUUCUUGACUGUGAACUUGUUGCAUAUGACCGUGAGAAACAGAAAAUCCAACCUUUCCAGGUUCUUAGCACACGCGCUCGAAAAAAUGUUCUGAUGAAUGAAAUCAAAGUCAACGUUUGCAUUUAUGCUUUUGACAUCCUCUAUCUUAAUGGCCAAGAACUCCUCCAGGAGCAACUCAAUGUUCGUAGAGAGCAUCUUUACAACUCAUUUCAAGAAGAGCAUGGUUUUCUCCAGUUUGCCACUGCUAUCACAUCAAAUGAUCUGGAGGAAAUACAAAAGUUUCUUGAUGAUGCUGUUAAUUCUAGCUGUGAGGGGUUGAUCAUCAAAACGUUGAAGAAAGAUGCUACUUAUGAGCCUUCGAAGCGGUCUAACAACUGGCUUAAAUUGAAAAAGGAUUACAUGGAUAGUAUUGGUGAUUCAUUAGAUUUAGUCCCCAUUGCUGCAUUCCAUGGCAGGGGGAAACGCACUGGUGUCUAUGGUGCCUUUCUCCUUGCUUGUUAUGAUAGUGACAAAGAGGAAUUCCAAAGCAUAUGUAAAAUUGGAACUGGCUUUUCUGAAGCAAUGCUUGAAGAACGUUCUGCCAGUCUUCGGUCAAAAGUUAUUCCCAAACCAAAGUCAUAUUACAGAUAUUCGGAUACAAUCAGUCCAGAUGUAUGGUUUGAACCAACUGAGGUUUGGGAGGUCAAAGCUGCUGAUCUCACUAUCAGCCCUGUUCACCGUGCCGCCGUUGGUAUUGUGGAUCCCGAUAAGGGAAUUUCUUUGCGAUUUCCACGAUUACUUCGUGUCCGAGAAGAUAAGAAUCCAGAGGAAGCCUCCUCAUCUGAUAUGGUAGCGGAUAUGUAUAAUGCGCAGAAGCACAAUAAUAAGGACACCAAAGAUGAAAAUGAGGAAGAUUGACAUCAAGAAAAGAAUGCCUGUUUCAUUAAAAUAUCGAAGUAGUGUCCUUUGUACAUACCCGACUGGGCUGUUUACACAAGAUAGACCCAAGUACCGUGGAAGGAGUGGCAAACAACUGCCAAACAUGCUACAGAUUCAGGUGUCAGGCAGUAGAGCGUUAAGACUGUGUUGAUGUUCAGAGAUGUAUGCACUACGUUUCAUGUGAAUUGUCGUAGAAUUAAUGCUGGCAGCAUUAUUCUAUUUCAUCUGCCAAUUGUAUUCCAGAACCAAACAAAAACUAUAGUAAUACUCUAUUCCUCGCCACCAGUUUCAUUCCUUGGGUGGCCAAUUUUCCUCA